AUGGGUGACCUCAGCCUCCCAGCUCCGACGGUUUCGACCGCCCAUGCUCGCUCUACCUACGACUCAUGGGCGAGGAUAAAGGAGCACCUCAACCAGUCCAACGUGGUUGUCGACGGAGAGUCACUUGAGAUUCCCGGCCUCGUUGCUGUCGCCAGACAUGGCUCGAAACCCGUCAUCGACAAGUCACCACAACUGGUGUCGAGGAUCGACGAAAGCGUCAAGAUGCUCCAGCGCCACCUUGACAGGGGUGACCUAGUAUACGGUGUGAAUACUGGAUACGGCGGCAGCGCUGAUACUCGCACUAACGAUGUCGUCUCUCUUCAAAGCGCUCUCAUUCAGCACCAGCAAAGCGGCAUCCUCUCCAGCAACGACACUGGACGGCCAUUCCUCGGCCAGCAACAGAGCGCUCUUCACCAUGUCGAUGACUACGGCGCUUUGUCCAUGCCCACUUCCUGGGUGAAGGGCUUGAUGCUUCAGCGCGUGAAUAGCAUUGUGCGUGGUCACUCGGCUGUCUCCCUUGCUGUCAUCGACGCUAUCAUGGCCCUCCUGGAACACGACAUCACUCCCGUCAUCCCUUUGCGCGGAAGUAUCUCCGCCUCCGGAGACCUACAACCGCUUUCGUAUGUUGCCGGUGCUAUCCAGGGCAACCCGGACAUCUUCGUGCGCGUCGGAACCCCCUCUCAGAUCAUGCCUGCCAGUGUUGCGUUGCAGUCUCGCAACCUGCAACCGGUAGUCCUUGGUGCUAAGGAAGGACUUGGAUUGCUGAACGGUACAUCCGCCUCAAGUUCUGCAGCAUCCAUUGCAAUCUACGAGGCCAAUCACCUGGCUCUUCUUACGCAAACUCUCACUGCCAUGGCUGUGGAGGCUCUCAACGGAACUGCCGAAUCCUUCAGUCCUUUUAUUGCAAGGGUCCGGCCACACAGAGGUCAGAUAGAGGUGGCCUCGAACAUCUACGGAUUCCUCCAAGGUUCUCGUCUGUCUUCCGGUCUUGAUGGAGAGAAGGAUAUGCACAUGGCCGGUUUGUGCCAGGAUCGGUAUCCACUUCGCACUUCCUCCCAGUGGAUUGGCCCGCAACUCGAAGACCUUCUUCUCGCCACCGAACAGAUAUCAGUCGAACUAAACUCAACUACCGAUAAUCCAUUGAUUGACGUCAAUACUGACCUUGUUCAUCACGGCGGAAAUUUCCAAGCAGCAUCCAUAACCUCUGCCAUGGAGAAAACCCGCACCGCCAUUCAGAUGUUUGGCAAGCUGCUCUUUGCCCAAGGAACAGAGCUUCUCAACUCCGGCCUAAGCAAAGGCCUACCUCCUAACCUCUCAGCGGAUGACCCAAGUCUGAGUUUCACUUGCAAAGGAAUCGACAUCAACCUCGCCGCCUACAUGUCCGAGCUGGCGUACCUUGCCAACCCGGUCAGCAGCCACGUACAGAGCGCCGAAAUCCACAACCAGGCCGUGAACUCGCUCGCCCUCAUCUCCUCCCGCUACACGCUCCAAAGCAUCGAGGUCCUCAGCCAAAUGUGCGCAGCAUACCUCUACGCCCUCUGCCAAGCCCUCGACCUGCGCGUCCUGCAGUCAAAGUUCCUCGCGGAGGCUUACGCAUCAUUCAACGCCACCCUCAUCAAGACGCUCAACGACGCCGAACCCAGCCAGGAGAGCUUCGCCGACCCCAAGGCCGUCCAGGAAGAGGUCUGGGCCGCGCUGAAGGCUAAGUGGAACUCGUCGACGAACGAGGACCUCGCGCCUCGUGCCGCCAGCGCCGCCCGCGCUGCUGCCAUGGCGUUCUUGUACCGCGUCCCUAACUCUUCCGCUAAGGCUCACGCUUUCGAGAACUCCUUGAAGGAAAUUUUGGAGUCGACGUAUGCGGGCUUGCGUGCCCGCAUGUUUGAAGAACAUGUCGACCUCACGCCGCCGUAUCUCGGCCAGGCGUCGAGGAAGGUUUAUCGGUUCGUCCGUGUGGAACUCGGUGUGCCGUUCCAUAGGGGCUUGAUGGAUUGUCCGGAGUAUGGGGUGCGGAAUGGGGAGGUGGGAGGGGAUGGGAGGCAGAGGAAGACGGUGGGCAACUGGAUUAGUAUCAUCUAUGAGGCGCUGAGAGCGGGGUUGCUACAUAAGCCGAUUAUGGAGGCGCUGGUGGAGAAUGGUGUUUGA